ACAUCCAUUUUUUCCUCAUUAGAGCCUCGCAUCAUAAAACAUUGAACAUUAGAACCGAGUUGACGUGAUAAAACUGUCGCAAGUCAAAAAUAGAAGAAUUCGAUUUGUUGCUGGUCCUUGAUACCAUUUUUGAAUUCGCGAAAUGUCUGCUUUUACUGAGAGUGCAUUAAUUAAAAAACUUGUUGACUUAAAUCCAAGCCAACAAAGCAUACAGACUCUGUCCCUGUGGUUGAUACAUCAUCGUAAACAUCACUCCCAUAUAACAAAGUCAUGGUACAACGAAAUGCGGAAAGCACCAAAGGGCAAAAAAUUGACUUUCAUGUACUUAGCCAACGAUGUCAUUCAGAAUAGUAAAAAGAAGGGACCGGAAUAUGGCAAGGAAUUUCAGAAGGUGCUGCAAAAGGCGUUCCUUCACAUCGGAGAGACGUGUGGAUCGGACAACAAAACGAUUAGCAGUCUGGACAGAAUAUUGAAAAUUUGGGAGGAUCGAAUGGUGUACGACGCGAAAUUGGUUCAAGGAUUUCGGGAAGCAUUACAUAAAGACGAUGGCAGCCAUUCACCCAAGACCGAACCACCAGAGAAACGGAAACGUCACGAAGAUGAUGCAAAACAGCACAAAAUUAGCAAACAAGAUGGAUGGGGUCGUGAACGGGAGAGAGUGAAAAGUGAAACCGUCGAAGUGAAUGGUACGGUUGAAACACAUGUAAUACUUAGUCCACAAGUGAACGCAGGUGAUCCGCCAGAGCCGGAGGAGUUGAUUAGAGCGUUGACUGAAUUGGAGAAUUCGGCGUCAAGUGACGCUGUCGUCCGGGAACAAAUUGCUAACCUUCCACCAGAAGUGUCCGAAGUUGCUAUGCUCAGUAAAUUAGAAGACAAAGAGCAAGCUGCAAAACUGGCUGCACAGGUUAACGAAGCGGCGAAAAUUCUGCACGAAUACAAUAACCGUUUGUGUGCAGAGAUGGAAGAUCGUAAGAAAUUGACGACGAUGUUGAAGGAUUUUCAGGCAGAGCAACGGGAUCUACUAGCGCAAGCUGAACAGAGGCUGCAGGAAUACAAUGCAAAACUGAAUAAAGUGAAGGACGUACAACGUGAAAUACGAAGUCAUUUGCAAAAUUUACCAGACUUAACGCAACUGCCCGAUGUGACCGGUGGAUUGGCGCCGCUACCAUCAGCUGGAGAUUUGUUUAACAUCCAUUGAGUUAUUCAGAUUUUAUACUUUUACUUUACAUCAAGUUCUUUACUGUCGAUGUAGCCAGAUGAAAAAUUAUAUUUAAAACAAAAACGAAAAAUCAAAGAAAAAAAAAAUUAUGUAAAACCAAGCACCACCCUUCGGGCUUGAUGUUGUUAACGAGAAAGAAAACUCCAUUCGUUUUAUCGAUGUGUAUUUCAAGGAAAACCGAUGGAAACAGCUAAAUUGUUUAGAAUGUUUGUAUGCAAAGGAAGCCUUUAUUUUAUAUCAAAUUUUUCGUUAUGACUC